AUGGAAGAUAAAGAUCUUGAUUAUCAACCACCUAAUGAUCCUUCGACUGAUGAAGAAAAAUUAAAAGAACAAAUAACAGCUUUAAACAAUUUUCUCUCAGCUUGUGUUAGUAAAAGAAAAUUAAAUGUAACAACGUCUUAUAAAGAUCUCUCACAUCGUGUCAAAUUGAGAUAUAUAAGUCUAGUAAAAUUCAUAACGCGAUCAACUACAUCAUUGAUAGCAUCGGAUGAUGCUGACAUGCUCAUACAUGACGCAUUUAGUGAUGUAAAUAGUGAAGAUUCGAAUAUUGUUUUAGACGGAAAUUUUCGUCAAAUAAUGAAUGGUGUUUCGGAAGCAUACAUAAAUGCCGAAUCAUGGCAAUCGAGACGAGAGAUUCUCUCCAUCGUUGCACCAAAAAUAUCAUUAAAGCUCAUUCAAUUAUUUAUACCAGGUUUAACUUAUGGCAGAUUUUCUGCAGCACGUUUGCAUGCCAGAAAAUAUAGUGCCGGUUCGAGAGUUGAGGAAACAACAAAAGUUGUUCAACGGUUUGAUGAUCAUCAAAUUGCUCUCUUUGUUGAUUUUAUUGUUUCACCUCAUGUGUGUACAGAUUUGCCAUUCGGCGAAAAAGUGUUGAAAUUGUCGUCUGGAGUUGAAUUGUUCGUUCCAAAUACGAUAAGAAACAUGCGAGCGACUCGCAUUAUCGAACAGUAUCUUCUUUAUUGCAAAGAGAUGUGUUCAGAUUUUGAACCACUCGGUAAAAGUAGUUUAUUUACUAUUCUUGAUACUUGUAAAGCAUCAACAAGAAAGUCUUUACAAGGUAUAAAUUACUUUGCAGCUGAAGCUGGAGAAGCAUUUGAUGGUUUGCGAAAAAUGCUUGAAGAUAAAGUCACUCUUUGUGAUGAUAGUGAACGACUUAUUGAGAAUUUGGAAUGUGCUCGAUUGUAUUUGAAAUCAGAUUAUAAAGUGCAUGUAGCAAGAUCGAGCAAUAUUGCUGAUCACUGUUGUAUUUAUGCAUUGAGUGAUCCAAAAAAGCGUGAUUUUGCGUAA